GCCGAGCCUGCCGCGGGCGUAUCGCCCGGGACUUCCUCGUCCGCGGGAGGAGAGCGCAGUCCGUCCGUCGGUCUCUGUCACCCUGUCGCCGCGAGCGCAGCGCGAGCGCCAGGUGCCAACAUGAAGCGUGAGCUGCGCUAGCUGCGCCAGCCCUGUCGAACUGGCUGAACGGUCAAGUGACUGCGAGCUGAGCGCUGAACGCGGCGCGACGUCCGUUAAGGCCGUUAAGGCCCUGCUGCACAGCUGUCACCGUCAGCCUGUCAGCCUGCCUUGACGCCUGCCGCGCUGAGCUUCGCGCCCCGCGUUUCGCGUGUGAUUCAGUGAACGGUGUUUACUUCGUGGGCCGCUAGUGCUGCCAGUGCUAGUGCUGUCAGUGGAGUGGUUUCGUGUGUGCCAACCGAGCGUGUGGAUGUGGUGGCCGUAAGCGCGUCGAGGUGCGGGCUGCUGCUGUGAAUGCUCUGGCAGACAAUCUGCCCCGAUCACAAUGCCUCUCUUCGGGAAGAAGGACUCGAAAAAGUCGAAGAAGGAGUCGAAAGAUGUGGAAAAGGUGCCGUCCGUCGAUGACAAGUAUAACCUCAAAGAGCUCCUCGGCACCGGCGCGUUCUCCGAAGUGCGGCUGGCCGAGAGCAGGGAGCGGCCGGGCGAGCUGUUCGCCGUCAAGAUCAUCGACAAGAAGGCCCUGAAGGGCAAGGAAGACUCCCUGGAGAAUGAAAUCAAGGUCCUCAGGAGGUUCAGCGAGUCUGCCAAGCGGCGGAACGACCCGGAGGGCGCCGAGAACGGUCCUCGGCUAACCCAUCCCAACAUCGUCCAGCUGCUCGAGACCUUCGAGGACAAGCACAAGGUGUACCUCAUCAUGGAGUUAGUGACUGGCGGUGAGCUCUUUGACCGCAUUGUUCAGAAAGGUUCAUACACUGAAAAAGAUGCCUCAGAUCUGAUACGUCAAGUUCUGGAAGCUGUAGAUUACAUGCAUGAACAAGGUGUUGUUCACCGGGAUCUGAAGCCGGAAAAUCUUUUGUACUAUAGUCCCGAUGAAGAUUCUAAGAUAAUGAUAAGUGACUUUGGCCUAUCGAAAAUGGAAGAUUCAGGAAUCAUGGCAACUGCUUGUGGAACUCCAGGAUAUGUUGCUCCUGAAGUUCUUGCUCAGAAACCUUAUGGUAAAGCGGUUGAUGUGUGGAGCAUAGGUGUUAUUUCAUACAUAUUGCUUUGUGGUUACCCUCCAUUUUAUGAUGAAAAUGAUGCCAAUUUAUUUGCCCAAAUAUUGAAAGGUGAUUUUGAGUUUGACUCUCCGUACUGGGAUGAAAUAAGCGAUUCUGCAAAGGAUUUCAUCCGUCAACUUAUGUGUGUUGAAGUAGAAAAGAGAUAUACUUGCAGACAGGCAUUACAGCAUCCGUGGAUUUCUGGCAAUGCUGCUAGUAACAAGAAUAUCCAUGGAACUGUAUCAGAGCAGCUCAAGAAGAACUUUGCUAAGUCACGAUGGAAGCAAGCUUAUCACGCAGCCACCGUGAUUCAUCAAAUGAAGCGCAUGGCUCUGAGCAGUAGCACCGGGGAGCGGCAGUAGCCGUGGCUCCCAACUCUGGGGAGGCCCGUCGCAGCCCGCCGCCGAGUGCCCGCGCAAACAGGGCCAGCAACAGCAAGCCUUAGUCCUGGUUCACAUUUACUCUCGCUGACCAAGACACGCCUGCCAUCAACCCCACUUCAUUGUUUAUUUGAAGACGCUUGCACAGGAUUACAGCAUUCAUGUGCAGAAAAAUAUUUUGAAUUUCUAUUGUAGAAUAUAUUAAAAAAUAUAUUGUGAGACACUAACUCUUUGUAAGCAACGCCAAAUUCAGCAAUACGUUUUUUAAAUGGGAACAGUUGGUACCUUUUAUUGGUAGUUUGCAAGUUGAUUUUGUUUUGCCCUUUAAGGCCACAAAAAUCUGAUGUCGCUCUUUGUUUUGACCUAACUGCCUUCCAUUUACAUUGGUUUCAAGGUACGUCCGUGUGUGUGUAACAUUUUGUUGAACUUGUUUUAAAACUCAUAAUUUGGCUUGCAGUCCAUUUGUAAAUAAUUUUGCUCAAAGGAAAUAUUGUCAUGGCUUUCAUCAAUAACCAUUCCUAAGAAUUAUCUUCUAGAUUAUUGGUCACUCAGAUACUUUGCAGUCGUGUUUUACACAGUAAUAUUCAAGAAUAAUGUGUUUUCACAUUGCUUUUUAUUCUUCUUCCUUGAAGCUUUUGCCUUGUUCUGUUCCCAACAUAUCAGGUAUAUAUGUAGCUGGCAUAACUAAAUUUUCAAUGUCUAUGAACCUUGAUGUUACAAUAUUUUGGGACAUUUCAUAAAUAGUUCCUAGUUAUGUUGGUCUGAUGAGCUUUGCAUUUUAACCCACCGUUUAAUGAAAAACAUGUCUUAGUUUUACGAACUUUACCUUUUCUACCUGCAUUUGUAGAACAAAGAGAUCUGUCUCUUUCUUUGAAGGCCUAUGUAGAAAUCUUUUGUGCGUUAAAUUUUUUAAGGAGCACAGUUGUGGAUAGCCUCUGUGGCUUGUGAGGAUACUUCAAUGACCAGGUGCUAGUAGAGAUAUCUCUUGAUAAUAUUGCAGUAUCUUUUUGCUGAGCCCAUGAGUGGUGGUGUUCUUACCCUAUCCUCAGUGAUCAGAUGUUUCUGUAAAACUAUUAAUUCUUUGACACGCAUACAUCUUUGUAAGUGCAAAGUUCUAGAAUCAUUUUCUUGUGAUAAUUGGUUGUGCAUUUGGAAUGAAUGACCCACUGUGUGUCAGCUGUCUUGCCCCUAGAAUUUCUGUAUCUGGCCCAAGUACUGGAAGAAAAAGAGGUGGUUAAUUUUUUUUAUCUUUUCAAAAAUUAUGUUUAGUUGUCAAAACAGCGGACAGUUAUGAUAAUAACUGUAUCCUUUUCACACGCCGUAGAUUUCCAGAGUAACAAUCAAAUCCAUUCCUUCAUUUUAUAAAAAUUCCUUUUUAUAUACAUUGAUUUUUAAACUGUGUGAGAUUUGUCAUAAUAUUUGUGUUCUUUUUAAUGCAGCUCUUUGCAGUGUGUCCUUGACCCCUCUUUGGAAGCAGAAAGUUGUUAACAUCAACUGUAUCAUUGUACUGUAUGUAUGUUUUUAACUGUGCUGGUUUCAAUAUGUAAAAGCUGUCAUUCCUGGUUCAUUCAAAAUGAAUUUUAUGCUGUUCCUAUAAAUGAACAGGGUUAUUUGAUAACCUGGCAUCUCAUUUGGAUUUCACAACAUUUUGUUCUCUGUGGUAUUUUGUUGGUUUGGUUUUACUCUUAAGCAUUCCUACCUUUUAAAAACGUCAACUUGUUGAAUUCUUCUUCCUUUUUAUUUUAUUAUUAUUAAGAGAAAAUCUUUUAAAAGUGUAUUCUUGUGUAUGAAAGAAAGAAUUUCUUCUUGUCGCGUCCACAGCCGUGAUAUGUUUAGAUGCUGCAUUCAAGUACUUGAUUUGCGCAGUUUCUUGUGCUAUCAAUUAUACUGUUAAUCUGGAUGUAGUUUGUUUUUUAAGAGUCUAUAUGUAUGUUGUCUGUGAACCUGAACACAGAAAGUGCACAGUGCAUAAUGCAUCUGGUGCCCUUAAGCAAUGUUGAAUUUUAAUGUUGUUGGAACUGAUGCAUUUAUUUACACACCUGCUGUGUGUUGAUCUUAUUUACAAUAUAUAUGUAUAAUAUAUGUAUACAUAAAAGUAAAUACCUAUCUUAUAUACAUUUAAGCUAAGAUUGUUUUAUAUCUUGUGAGAAUGACAUGGUGGUCAAGCUUCUUAAAAGCAACUGCCUUGAACACUUACAGCUCUCUUCCUCUGCUCCUGCAAAUGUCUCUUCUUUCAUUCCACUGUUAUUUCUAAUUCUAAACAAUCUUCUCCUAUUCUUACUAAUCCUACUCUCUAUAAUUAUUGCUAUUACUACUAAUAAUGUGAGUUUAGGUAAAUUAAUAUUUUAAAAAAUUGUUUUUGAAUGCUUGUUUUCAGUAAAAUGAGUAUAUGAUGUUGACUAUCAUGUUACCUUAUGGCCAUACUUGGCCAUCUCAAAAGCAGUGUCGGAGAAAACUUUGGCGCUAAUGUGGUACAUUUCACCCAACAAGGUUUUCCGAAUCCAUUGCUUCAAAAGAAAAGAACAAAAAGAAGUGUGAGGCUACUGUUUGCAUUUUUUGCACAAAGUAACUCAUUAUUACCCUUGCCUUUCUGAUCUGCUCUUGUUUGUUUCUGUCUUUGGAAAUCACAUUCCCUUCUGUCUUGCCCUUGUCAACUUUAUUGUGACUGUGGGUAGCACACAAAUUCUUUGCUGGCCAUAAUUCAUGUGUUUACAGUAAUAUUUUGAUAAUGCAUUAGUCACACUGCUAAUCCAAUUUUGGGUUCAAGUAUUCACAUCGGACCACAAGACCCCGUGCAUUCGGGUGUCGACCUCGCUUGUCUUAUCCUUGCAAAGGUAAGACAUAAGUGGUCCACAUUUGCAGGCAUUAGACUAACGUGGUUGACACCUGCAGCUGUGGGACUAUGUGACCUUUUCUUUAAGCUACAGCUUCAUGAAGCAUGACUCUGUAUCUACUGCUUGCUAUUUUACAUGAAUUAGAGCAAAUAGUUACAUUUAAUUUUCAAAUGUCAAACAUAUCGACCACAAAAAGAAAUAUUUUAUUGGUAGAUAUAAAUCUUCACUAAUGUGUCUAGCUUUUUAAAACAGAUUCAACUCAGUUACCUUACAAGUUUUUUCUUUGUCCUACCUGCUUAAGUAAAUACUCAUCUUUGCUUGUGUUAAUUUUGGCUAGUUCAACAACAAAAUAUAAUUGAAAGCUCUCUUGAAAUUCUAUUGUUUAUGCAUUUUGUGAUUUAUGCAUUUAGUAGCCGUUACUGAAACAUCUUAAGGGUUAAGUGUAGUAAUGAAAAUUAUCACGAAUAUCUGUGAGUGAUUGCUGUAUGGUCUUAUGAUACUGCAUACUAGGUUUGUGUUUGUCUUUUCCCAAUCUCCCGUAUUUGUGUUUGUAGACCCUCUGGGAGAAAGCUCAUGUCAUCUCUUCAGGUGUCCGCCCAUGUGCAACAACAGCACUUGAUCUUUAUUAUGACAUUAUUUCUGUCAAUAAGAAACAAUGUAUUGUGCUAGCAGUGUCCAUUUCUUCCAUUAAUAUCAUUAGCCGUUGCUGCCCAUCUAGUGCAAUGUCUCUCUGUUCCUACCUUUCCAUCGUAAAUGGCUAUGCCAUGAAAUGCAACAUUCUGACUGCACCCUCUUCGUAAGCGUUACUAUGUUUGUUAUAUUUUUGUACGCAUAGCCAGGUAAUAAACUUAUGUGAGUAAGCUAUCUGCUGUUAUUAAGCGUUGUGUUUGCACUUUUUUGUUUGAUUUUUUUCUAUUUGUGGCAUGUUUGUUUGUCAAAUGUUUUAUAAUGAAAUCCAGAGCUCAAUAUUGUCGAAAAUUUAAAUUCAAAUUAACAUCACCAUGACCAACUGUAUUUUUGGCUCUGUUAUGUUCUCGUUCUGUUUUUUCCUUCUGUGCAUCUUUUAAUGUUGAAAUUUUUAUAUGUUUACUUGUGUUAUUUUACCUGUUUUGUUUCUUGAAAGAUUUUCAGUCAUUUUAAAUUGUGUUUUUUUAUUACAAGUGUAUGUUGUUAUCAACGAUUAUCUUGUCUUUAUAAAAAGUUCAUUUAUUUCAUUUAUUUGUUUGAAUGUUCUGUAUUAACAAUUUUUGAAUCUGUGUUUUUCUUCAUUUGCUAGCAUUGUUGUAGAUUAAUUCUUUUGAACUCAAUUUCGCCUUUACUGCUGGAAAUUGUACGAAUAUUUAACAUAAUUUUUUUUUAGUUAGUGAAAAGCCUGAAAAGCCUUAACAAAAUGUGGGAUGGCUUCAAUAUGUGUGGGCAUGUAUUUGUUUUCUGCCAAGUGCCAUUCAAGGUGACUGAUUGAAAAGAGCCAUGCCAUGAACGAGAUGCCAUUUUUAAGGGGUAUAUAAUCAUAUCUAAAUUGCAUCUUGAAUGCAUGUACAGAUUUCUGUAAUUGUAGUUGAACAGCUACACAUUCAAUUAAACUGUUUUGUAAAAUUCUUAAUAAGUGGUUAAUUAACUAUAGUGUUUUAAGCCAUAUUUUCUCAAAAAGAGUUGGAUUGAAUUUAAAGAUUUAUCUUCCAUUUGACCAUGCCUCAAAGCAGGUAUAACCAUUGCUUCUCAUGGUCAAGCGUAGGGCAUCAUAUCUACCAUUUUACGCACAUGCUACACUUAUGAUUUGUAAGCUUCGAUGUUGUUGUCAAGAAUUGUGAGUUCAGAUGGUCUUAUUUUUGUGAACAAAGUAUGUUGGACCAAAAUGUGAUAAGGUUUUGUUCCAUUUCCUUUGUUUCUGUUUCUCUUUUAUGUUCUCUUCCAUUCUCAUUUGAAUAUAAAUGUGCAAUAUGUUAAUUUAUUUGUGGAAGUAACUGGUUAAUUUUAUGUUGCUGCACACAUCGAAUUUUCGUGCAAAUGAAAGAGGAGUGUCAAAAUAAAUGGUGAUGUUACAAAGA